AUGCCCCGGCCUUCGCCCGCUCCGCACAAGCCCCGGCGCAAGGGCAACAAACAGCCGGACUUCGCGACAACAACGGGAAGCUCGCACAAUGUCGGUGCUGUCGAGACGCUGACCCGAGCUCCGGCUUUUCCGCUCGCCGCUUUCCUCUGGCCUGCGAGAGGCACCCUGUCGCAAUGGGAGUUGUUACCGCUGAUUCUGAUGACUGUCGGGCUGUUCCGAUGGGCCGCUGGGUUGUGGGGGUAUUCUGGCUUUGAGAAACCCCCAAUGUUCGGCGAUUACGAGGCCCAGCGACACUGGAUGGAGAUCACGACCCAGCUUCCCAUCUCUCAAUGGUAUUUCCACGACCUCCAGUGGUGGGGGCUCGACUAUCCCCCACUGACGGCCUACCAUAGUUGGCUCUGUGGCAAGGUCGGCUCGCUCAUCGAUCCCGAAUGGUUCGCCCUCUUCUCGUCCCGCGGCUCGCACGAUCCUACCCUCAAGGUGUUUAUGCGCGCAACCGUCAUCGUGUCCGAGUACCUGAUCUACAUCCCCGCCGUCGUGGUCUUUGUGCGUCGCUAUAGCAGACUCAAUGGGGUUGCCAACUGGUCGUCAGCUGUGGCUCUUGUGGCCAUCCUGAUGCAACCCGGUACGAUCCUAAUCGACCAUGUCCACUUUCAGUAUAACACGGUCAUGUUGGGGCUGGUCGUCGCCAGUAUGUCCAGUAUGCUCGCAGGUCGCAACCUCUGGGCGGCUGUGUUCUUUGUUGCGGCCUUGGGGUUCAAGCAGAUGGCUCUCUACUACGCCUUCUCUGUCUUCGCCUAUCUCCUCGGCAGCUGCGUCUUCCCUCGCAUCAACAUCCGGCGGCUCGUCACUAUUGCAGCGGUCACCAUCGUCUCCUUUGCCAUUCUCAUUCUGCCGCUCGUUAUUGGUGCUCUCUCGGACGCCAAACGUGGAGUCGACUCGCGCCCGGAUCUUGACGGGCCCCGUCCACCUCUGCCGAUUUUCCAGGGACUUACAACCUAUCUGGAUACAGAAGCUUUCUAUUACCCGGUGGUGGAACAGUUGGUCCAGAUGAUCCACCGUGUCUUCCCCUUUGCUCGUGGGUUGUUUGAGGACAAGGUCGCCAACUUCUGGUGUGCUUUGAACGUGGUUGUUAAGAUCAAGAAUUACCCGGAAGAACUUCUGCAACGUGGUGCGCUGGUUGCCACACUGGGAUCAAUUGUUCCCCCCAAUCUCGUCCUCUUCCUGCGCCCGAGGAGGGACCUGCUGCCCCUAGCAUUUUCUGCAACAGCAUGGGGCUUCUUCCUCUUCAGCUACCAGGUCCACGAGAAGAGCGUCCUCCUCCCACUGAUGCCCAUGACUCUCCUGCUCGCAGGAAACCACGGGCUGAACAAGGGCACGCGUGCCUGGGUCGGAUUCGCCAAUAUCCUCGGCUGCUGGACCAUGUUCCCGUUAUUGGAGCGGGUGGACCUAGCCAUGCCAUAUACCGUUCUCACGCUGCUGUGGGCAUAUCUCCUCGGCCUGCCGCCGACAUCUCUCGGCGCCUACUUCCACGAAGGAGGUAAUACCUGGACGCAAUGGGUCACCCUCUUCAUCCACGGCUCGUUCUAUCUGGCCAUGGCAUUCUGGCACGUCCUAGUGCGCGCCUUACGCCCGCCCCCAGACAAGCCGGAUCUGUGGGUCGUGGCCAAUGUCGGGGUUGGCGCUGCUGGUUUUUCUCUUUGCUAUGUGUGGUGCCUGUGGAAGUUGGUUUCGCAGAGCGAUAUCUUGCCGAGGUCGUGGUUGGUAAAGAAGGAAAAGGCCAAGACCCAAUAG